AUGUUCACUCCCACGACGGCCGGCUCCCUAUCGCCCUACGAAGCUCUCCCUUUAUCGCGAGGAAAGAUACGGGUUCUGGAGGUUGCGCCCGCAAGCUUCGGUGAGCCCGUCGAGUGCACCAUGAAACGCAUCUCGCUUCUCGACGAUCCGGUGCCAGCCUACGAGACUAUCUCAUAUUGCUGGGGAGCUCCUCGAGAUCCGUCCACCAUAGAGCUCAAUGGACACCUGACAAAAGUACCGGCAAGCUCAGAGGCCGCUGUUAGACGCAUGCGACUUAGCGAUCGACCGCGAGUACUCUGGAUCGACGCCAUAUGCAUCGAUCAGUCGUCGACGACAGAACGCAGUGCACAAGUAGCUUUGAUGGCGACCGUGUAUAGCAAUGCGCAGCACAAUCUCGUUUACCUUGGCGAAGAUGACGACGACAUGGCUGAGAGAGCCAUCAAGGCUCUCCAGGACGUUAUGGAUGACAUGCGCCCCGCGACUGCAGACUGCACCCUACUGUGGGAAACCGUUCGCAGUGGGACAACGGGCGCCGUUGUAACCUCAAAUGAACCUUUCAGCGCGAGUGUUGACUUCGAAGCUCUUGAAGCUCUUUUCAGUCACCACUGGUUCAGGUAA